UUCACAUUUGUGUAUGUUCCACAAAACACAAAUUUUCAUCUGCAUAGAAAUGUGUCGCCCGUAAUAUUUCGUUUUGGUUUUUUUUUUGGUGAUGAAAAAUUAAUGAAAAAUUUCGUCAAAUUCCAAUAAUUUGAGUGUCAUUUUGUCAAUCUUACGUAUAGAGUAGAUAACAGUUAUUUGUCAAUAGAAAUUAUCAAUUUUGUUUUGGGGGAAAAAGUAAUAAGGGUGAUUUUUUGAGUGUCAGUGAAAAAGUGAAAUUCUUUUAUCGUGGCGUCAGAAAACGGAAUCAGAACGCAGAACAAGAUUCAUCCAAGUCCGGGCGUUGCUCGAAGCAUUGUCUGGGCCAUAUCACCACUAACAGCAUCAUGUAAUAUGGUAACAGAGGAUCAUGAGCACGCUCACACAGAAGAGGAGACGACACCAAUUCUGGAGGAGAAAGAUUCAAAUCUAUUGUGCUCCGAAUUGAUUGUUCACAUCGAUGACAUAUUUGAUGUGAUCAAAAAUGGUGAAUUGGCUGAUGUUGAGAAUUUCGUUGAGAAAUUUGGUAUCGAAACGUUGAGCGCCCGUGAUAAACAUGGCUAUACACCAGCUCAUUGGGUUGCACUCGACGGUAAUGUCGACAUGAUUCGAUAUUUGGUCGAACGAAAUGCACCAGUUGAUUUGCGGUGCUUGGGAACACAAGGACCGAGACCAAUACAUUGGGCCUGUCGCAAAGGUCAUGCUGCCGUUGUACAAGUGUUACUUCAAUCUGGUGUAGGUGUUAAUGCUGCCGAUUUAAAAGGACUCACUCCUUUGAUGACGGCAUGUAUGUACGGUCGCACGGCAACCGCCGCAUACCUACUGGGAAUGAAUGCUCGUCAUGAACUAACGGACAUAAACGGUGACACCGCGUUGCAUUGGGCAGCUUAUAAGGGUCAUGUUGAUUUAAUGAGAUUGCUUAUGUACUCUGGUGUCCAUUUACAAAAGACGGAUAAUUUUGGUUCGACUCCAUUACACUUGGCCUGUCUCUCGGGCAAUUUGUACUGCGUACGAAUGCUGUGCGAAAAAAACAAUGUCGAUCUGGAACCACGGGAUAAAUUGGGAAAGACACCUCUUAUGCUUGCUCAAAGUCAUCGCCAUUGUGAAAUCGUAAAAUUUCUGAAGAAUAUGAUUAAAAAGCGGUCCAGAUGGUUUCCACCGCUGUCCGAAGUAUGGGGAUUAUUAUUUGGCGGUGCUGGCAAUUCAAAAGGACCUCUUCUUUUGUUUGUGUGUUCGGUAUUACUGUGGUGCUAUCCUAUGUAUGUGAUUCGGGUCAUUCCGAAAACUUGGAAUCUAUUGCGAAAAUCUCACUAUUGCUUCAUCUAUUGGAAUAUUUUGAUGUGGAUCAGUUGGAUUAUAGCCAAUCGACGUGAUCCCGGCUAUAUUCCAUUGAACUCUGAACAAUACUAUCGAGCGAUUCGACAAAUUCCAUAUUUUGAAAAAUGGAAGAAAAGAAAUCUCAGCCUAACACAGCUGUGUCAUAGUUGUCGAUGCUUGAGACCGCUACGUGCAAAACAUUGCCGUGUUUGCAAUAGGUGCGUCAAUUUUUUUGAUCAUCACUGCCCCUUCGUCUCCAACUGUGUUGGUCUACGGAAUCGAAUGUGGUUCUUCUUGUUUGUACUUAGUGUUGCUAUCAAUUGCUCGUACACAAUUUAUUUUGCCUUAUACUGUGUGAUGAUAGAAGGAUUUACCAUUCUCUAUAUGCUUGGUCUCUUGGAAUCAAUCAUAUUCUGUUUUCUUGGUUGGAUACUAACAUGUACAAGUAUUUUGCACGCUUGCAUGAAUUUAACCACAAACGAAAUGUUCAAUUACAAACGAUAUGCAUAUUUACGAGACAAACGUGGCCGCUACCAGAAUCCAUUCUCACGAGGACCCAUAUUGAAUUUAAUUGAAUUCUUUAUUUGCCUACCAGAUCGUUAUUAUGAUGAUGAGAACGAUGACAUCAUACUUGGUGACCAUCAUUUGUGACAAUAUUAUCGAUUUUAAAUUCCUUAUGGAAAGUUCAUCGAAUACAUUGCCAUUUCGUAUUAUUGUGCACGUUAUUUUAUUGCAUUUAUAUGCUUAUCUCUUGGAUGCUUUUGCACUAAAAUUCACAUUUUUGACAUUUGAACUCGGUCAGAUGUUUUUUUGUCAAACAAAAAUGCGCAUUCAAUAAAUAUUUUAUCGAUUUGUUAUCACCUUC